AACCGCGCUCUUGGACACAGUGCGGCAGCGGCUUGCACUCACCCGCAACCACAAGGCCACAGACCACGGAGGCCUCGUCAUCACUUUCCCUAGCUUCGACAUGGACAUGCCCUGCUACGCGCUUGCUCUGCUCCUCCCGCUCUUCUGCCUCGGCUCCCUCCAUGCCGGUUCCGCUGCCUCGACCACCGGCACCCCCGACGGCUCGGAGCUUUGGGGCUACGUCGAAGUCCGGCCAGGUGCUCACCUGUUCUGGUGGUACUACAAGAGCCCCCAGAGGACGUCGACGCCGUCCAAGCCAUGGCCGACCGUCCUCUGGUUGCAGGGUGGCCCCGGCGCGUCUGGCGUCGGGCUCGGCAACUUCCAGGAGAUCGGGCCGCUGGACGUCGAUCUCAAGCCACGCAAUUCGACUUGGCUGCAGAAGGCCGACCUCAUCUUUCUGGACAACCCGGUCGGCACAGGGUACAGCUACGUGGAGAACAACACCCUGUUCGUGACAACCGACUGGCAGCAGGCGGUGGACGCCACGGCGGUGCUGAAGGCGCUCGUCAAGGAGGUGCCCACGCUGCAGGGCAGCCCGCUGUUCCUGGUCGCCGAGUCCUACGGCGGCAAGUACGCCGCCACGCUCGGCGUCUCCAUCGCCAGGGCCGUCCGCGCCGGCGAGCUCAACAUCACGCUCGCAGGUGUCGCGCUCGGGGACAGCUGGAUCUCGCCGGAGGAUUUCACGUUAGCCUACACGCCGCUGCUGCUGAGCGUGUCGAGGCUCGAUGACAACGCCGGCGAUGAAGCAAACAAGAAGGCGGAGACAGUGAAGAAGCAGAUCGCGGCGGGGCAGUGGGCCGCGUCGCAGAAGUCCUGGGGCGAUCUGCUGGAUUUCAUCGCCACAAAGAGCGGCAAUGUUGACGUGUACAAUUUCCUUCUUGACAGUGGCAUGGACCCGGUGUCAACGCCGGUGGCAUCGACAGGCUCAUCGCUGGCCAACUUGCAGGCGAAGUAUUCAACAUACCUCAGCAGUCAGGACUCUGCUUCCAACACCAUCGAUGGCAUCAUGAACGGGGUCAUCAAGGAGAAGCUCAAGAUCAUCCCCAAGGACUUCAAGUGGGGGCAGCAAUCUGACUCGGUCUACUACGCGCUGGUCAACGAUUUUAUGAAGCCAAGAAUCGAUGAGAUUGAUGAGCUGCUGUCUUAUGGCGUAAAUGUGACAGUGUACAAUGGCCAGGUCGAUGUAAUCUGCUCGACGGACGGCGCAGAAGCAUGGGUUCAGAAGCUCAAAUGGGAUGGUCUGAAGACCUUUCUGAGCCUGCCACGGCAGCCUCUGUACUGCGGUGCCAGCAAGGGCGUCAAGGCCUUCGUUAGGUCCUACAAGAACUUGCAUUUUUACUGGAUUCUCGGAGCUGGGCACUACGUGCCUGUUGACCAGCCCUGUAUCGCGCUGAGCAUGAUCAGCAGCAUAACCCAGUCAGCAGCAAGUUAGUCGAUUUUAAGGGAUACGCCAAGAACAAGGAAGGCUUCAACUCCAAGCAACUAGCACAAGGACAAUGCAGCAUUCUUGAAAUACAUUAUAGCCUUAUAGGCUGCAUACUUAAAAGGCAGUGAAUUGAUGAUGCCUGUCUUUUUUUAUAUAUUUUUCGGUUAAAAACAGAGUAACUUGUUUCUAUGUUCCAGAGAUCGGAUUCUCCAAAAGAAAGGAAAAACACGUCACUUUAUCGUUUA